AUGGAAGUGUCUGAAGAUGUAUAAUCUCUCUUCUCAUAAGAAAGUAUUGAUGAACAUGAGAUAAUAAGACCAAAUUAAUCUCUAUAAAGAAAAGGAAGAAAGAUAUAUCUUAAGAAUAUAUAGAAACAAGAAAGCUAAUCAAAUAAACUAGUUUUGGAUGUAACAGAUACUAUAUCUAUAAAACAAAAAAGUAUAAGGAAAAGAAAUAAGAUUUAUGAAAAUAAGAAAAUCAGAAAGCCUUGGAGUACUCAAGAAGAUCAUUAAUUGGAGAAAUCCUUAAAAUUGUAUGGACCUAAUUGGGUUCAAAUUGCAGCAUCAAUGUGUAAUCGAAAUCCUUCAUAAUGUGCUUAGAGAUGGAAAAGAAUUAAGCCAUAAGAUGUAAAAUUCAUUUAUUAAUUCUAGUUAAAAAAAAGAAAACCAUUCACUAAAGAAGAAGAUCAACUUAUUUUGUAAUUAGUCUCAAAAUAUAGAAGAAAUUGGGGUAAAAUAGCUAAAUUCCUUCCUGAAAAAACGAGUAAAUAAAUUCGUGAAAGGUUUAUUAAUAAACUUAAUCCAUAAAUAAAGUUUGAACCAUUUACUGAAGAAGAAGAUCAUAUCAUACUCAAAGCUUAUCAAGAAAUAGGAUCAAAGUGGACUAAAAUCUAAGACCUUUUGAUCGGUAGACCUGUAAUUAUAUAAUUCUAAUAAUUUAGGAAAAUAUGAUAAAAAAUCGUUUUUACUCAUAUUUGAGAUAAAAAUAUUUGAAGAUAAAGAAUCCAUAUUAUUCAAUUCCUUAAAAGAUCCCCAUUAAUAAUAAAGAUUAACAAUCUAAAAUUGAUUAAGUCUAAAAAUAGAUAGAAGAAAAACAAUUUAGAGAUAAUCAACAAAAUAAGGAAAAUUAUAACUAAAUAAAUAAUGAUAUUCAAGAGAUGUAGUCUUAAUUGCCUAUUCAAAUUAAUCCAUAUAUUUAAAUUCCAUGUCCUAUGUUACUUGGAAAUUUCUCUUGUAAUCUAUUUAAAUUUAUCUUUAGAUCCUCAAUAUUAGUUAUAUUAAACUCCUGUAGCUGUGAUUUACAGUCCAAUACAACAAGGGUAGUUAAUUUAGUAAAAUACAUCCAAUACUCUAUUUCAAUAGUAGAUUUUUAUGGGUCAAUAAGUUACCAAUUAAUUAUUGUUUUUGUCUAGUUCUUGA